AUGGCCAGUACUAGCACAAUGCAAUCAAGGGAAUCAGAUUCAAAUACUAUCCCCUUUUGUCCAAUCGUUCAUCCUACCUAAAAGGAAUUUAACGAUUUUAACACUUAUAUUGAGAAAUUAGAAAAAGAAUAUUCAUAAAAUUAUGGCAUGGUUAAAGUCGUUCCUCCCAAAUCUUGGAAGGCGAGACAGGCUGACUAUGAAGAAAGCCUUGAUGAUAAAAUGAUUGUUGGCCCUAUUGAAUAAAAUCCUUAUGGCAAAGGAGGUAUCUAUGAAUGCAUCCAUAUUAUGAAAAAGUCGAUACCUUUCCGUGAAUACAAAAAAAAAGCAAGGGAUUUUGAUAAGGUAACUGAUAAUAAAACUAUUGAGAAGGUUGAAGAUUUGUUUUGGAAGAAUAUCUCUUUCAGUCCUCCUCUAUACGGUUCAGACAUGCAAAUGAGUCUCUUCGAUGACGGCGUUAAAUGGAAUAUGAAAGAAAUGCGCUCUAUCAUGAAUGAUGGUUUGACUUCUAAUAUUGCUGGUGUUAAUACUCCCUAUUUAUAUAUUGGAAGCUGGAAAACUUUGUUCGCUUGGCAUAAAGAAGAUCUUGAUUUAGGAGCUCUGAACUACCUCCAUUACGGAAAACCAAAAUUCUGGUAUUGCAUCGCUAGAUCAGACGCUCACAAGCUUGAGUCAUUUGCAAAGGCUAAUUUUGCAGAAAGCUUUGCUAAAUGUCCUGAAUUCCUCAGACACAAAACUACUGUGAUUAAUCCUUACUAAAUGAUAAAGAAAUUAAAAGGUGAUAUUAAGAUUUCUAAGAUGUCUCAAGAAGCUGGUGAAUUCAUAGUUGUAUUCAGUGGAGCUUACCAUCAUGGUUUUAAUUGGGGAUACAAUAUUGCUGAAGCUGUUAAUUAUGCUACACUUGGAUGGUUAGACUUUUUCCCUCAAUCCAAAUAAUGUAGAUGUGCCUCAGAUAAUGUUAGUAUCGAUCACAACGAUUUCAUACUUACUCUUCUUAAAAAUCGCCCUGAAUUAAAAAAUAGAACUGAAGUGAAAAAUUUCUAAGCUUGGUUAAAAUAAAAAUAAUUAGAGGAAUAAGAAAAUAUGGCGAGUGAAGAGGAAACCAGCAAAGAAUAAAAUUCAAGUGAAGAGUAAGUUGAAAUGAAAAAAUCUAUGAUACCAGUAGUUGUACCUGAAAAAAAGAAAAGAGGACGUAAAAGUAAAAAAGCUGCCACCAUAGAAUCUGAUGAAGACUCAAAUAAUCACAAGGCAGAGACUAGAGAGAACUCAACUGAACCUUAGAGAAUUCAAAAGAAAAUAUAAAAGGCUGAAAAAUAAUCUAAAUAAAAACUGAAAAAAGAAUAGAAUUAACAAAAAAAAUCAGUAAAAAAUUUAAAUGAAGCAAACAAAGCAUUAUCUUCCCCCAUAUAAUAAACUGAAUAGUCUUUAACAUAAAGCCCUCCUUAAUCUAAUCGUAAGACAAGCAGAAAGAACUCAUUGAAUAUGGAAGUAGAAAAGGUUGAGUAAGAAGUUAAUUGA